AUGAAUGGGAACGGUGUUAUUUCUGUGGACUGGGUUGGUCUCGACGGUUGGGCUUCAAUUAUGAAUGGCCAGGGUGAUACUGGAGAGUCCUGUACCGAUGGGUAUUACUGCUCUUAUGCUUGCCAGGCUGGUAUGACCAAGACCCAGUGGCCUUCUGAUCAACCUUCGGAUGGAUCAACCAUCGGGGGCUUGUAUUGCAAGGGUGGUUACUUGUACAGAACCAAUAAGGACUCAGACCAUUUAUGUGAAUGGGGUCAGGACUCUGCACAAGUGAAGUCAGAAUUAGACGAUGUAGUCUCUUUCUGCAGAACUGACUAUCCGGGUUCUGAAAAUAUGGUUAUCCCUACUGAAGUCAAAGGUGGCUCUUCCAAGCCUUUAUGUGUUAUUGAUAGUGACAAUUACUUCAAGUGGGAAGGAGACAAAACUUCUGCUCAGUACUAUGUUAACAACGCAGGUGUUUCCGCUAAGAAAGGCUGUAUAUGGGGUUCUUCGUCCGCAGGCGUCGGUAACUAUGCUCCAUUGGUUAUUGGAGCUGGUUAUACUGAUGGAAAGGCUUACAUUUCAUUGAUGCCAAAUCCUAACAACAAAGAUUCUGCCAAUUUCAACGUUGCUAUCGUCGCUUCCGAUGGCUCUGAGAUCGUCGGUGACUGUUCUUAUUCGGAUGGGAACUUCUCUGGUGACAGUUCCGAUGGAUGUACUGUUACUGUCGUUUCGGGUACAGCAAUUCUCAAAUUAUCUUAG